GGAAGCUGCACAGCAAUCCGCGCUGUCAAGGAGGAGGGGGGAAAGAAAGAGACACAGCGCUAUGCAACACCCUCUCAUUCAACCCCCAGCUUCUCUCCUUCUGCAUUUCACGCCUCGCAAGAGCGCCAGACUCCCCGUAGACCGUUAGCCAAAGGAUUCGGCUUGCUCUUCCUGGGAAAACUUUAGGAGGAAGGAUCUUUGCUUCCCGGCCUUGCAGGAGAGAACAGAGAAAGGGGGAACGGAAGGGAGAUGCAGAAGGACUUUCUCCCCUACCCCGAAAGGAUCGAUGGAUGAACCUUGACCAAGACCAGAGCGGAGAGGGUGAAGAACCUUGAAGGCUGACGUGACUCCCAAGACUUCUUUAGAAUUCUGGCAGGACAAGGAUGGGGUGGGAAGUCUGGGAGAAGCCUUCACCCCACCAAGUGUGGAAGAGUAGCCACAGAAAUACAGAUAGUAAGGACUCCUUCCUUUCCUACUAGACUUCCACGGCGUCCGUCUCUGGAGAUAACCCAGUCCAGUUGGUCCAACCGGAGCAUCUUCAUCAACUCUUGGUGGGGGACCUCCGAGACCAUCCUCUCCAUCUUUGUUCCACCAAGCCCGUGGAUGGCUGGUUCUUCUCUAAAGGAGUGUGGAGAACGUCUCCUCUGGAUCUGAGCCCCUAAACCUUGCUUCCGAGCAGUGGCCGGGCUGCAGAACCAAAGCUACUUUGCCUGCGAUUGAAACACAAACGGGAGCGUUUCAAUCCGGAGGGGAGGAAAAAGAAGGGAGGAGAGAAUUGGGAAAGGACAGUAGAAGGCAGCGGACACCCUUCGCUGAAUGUUCUUUGACCAUGUCUGACCCAGAGAUGGACGACUACGAUGCGGACAACCUGCCGGACGCCUGGGGGAGGAUCCCUGGGCUGCCCCCUUACAACAUGGAAGACCAGCUCCUGCCGAUGGAGCGGAGGAGCCCCUGCGGGUGUGUGGCCUGGGCGUGUCUUGUCGCGAUGAUGAACGUUGUGGUCUUCCUCUUGAACGUCCUCUUGUUGGCCACCAUCUUCCUGGUGGUCCUUCUGCCCACCAUCGUGGUGGCCUAUUUUGGGUUCCAGUGCCAUUCGCGGGUCCUCCACUCCACCGCCUCCUAUUGCCAGACCAUCCUGGAUGACAACAGCUCUUCUGCCCUGAUCAUCCUCGGCUUCGUCAUGAUGUCCCCGCUCAUCGUGGUGGCCAUGGCUGUCUACUGCGGCCUGGUGAGGCGCCUCCACCUCUUCCUGUGCUUCCAGCCGUGCGCCAGAGCCGUGUACAAGGGGGUGAAGUGGAGGUGGUCUGAGGACGGCGGCCCGUGCGGGUGUCCCCGGGCGUGGAACCACCAGGUCAAAGCCUGGGUUUAAGCGGGGCCCUGCUCUUCUCUGCUUCUCCGACUCUCAUUUUGAAGAAAUAGCAGCAGAAGUGGAAACGGCAGGGAAUCAAAUAUUUGCUGGUUGGUUUCUUUUCUCCAGAGGAAAAGCCCUGCCUAAUGUUGACUCCAUGAUCUGCGACAUCCCCUCCUUCUGUCUUUGCCUUGACCAUCAACUCAGAAGCCAGCUGCUAGUCCCACUUCUUCAGGCGCCAUGCCCACCGUAUAAUAAUGUGCUUGUCCCACCUUGUCAGGUUGUUGUCGCGAGUUCACACGUGAAGAUUUCUGAGCACUUUAUUCAAAGGAAAGGUACGUCGUGAUUCCGAAAUGCAGUUAUUCCCAGUGAUUUUUCAGCUACCGUUUGGCAACUUGCUUCAAGCCAUCUGUUUUUAAGUUUGAACAUCUCUCUCUCUCUCUCUCAAAUGAGCCAAUUUACAUUCCUGGUAACUUGGUCCUCAAAGCAGGCAAUGAAAGACUUCGUUGCUUUUUUUUUCUUCUUCACAUCUUCUCAGCUCUGGGUAGAAAAACCUCAAAGGAACCAUUACGAAAAAGGAAGAAUUCGCUCUCAAAGCGACAUUGAGCAUUAGAAAUGCUCAUGUCCCCUGUAAUUUUCUUCUGGUGAAAGCAGACGUGUUUCUCCUCCAGACCCCCCAGGUUGGACUGAGGACCUGCUGAAAUGGAGAAAAAUCUCAUUUGCGUUUUCCACCUUGUUCUGGGCCCUGAUCCAGAAAAACAGGGGCGCCCGGCACUGCUCAGUUUGUUAUGCCGUAAGAGCUUUCUCCUUUACCACGAAAUGCAAUUCAUUAUGUCCUGCAAAAGGAAGGGAGGAAUCGUCUCUAUUCGUUGACACCACUUCCGAAAUAAAAUUUCUAACAUCAAUUUCACUGUGCUCUCAUUUCCCAAAAAGGGGAAAAUAGAAUCUGAUGACCACCAACUCCAUUUACUGUGAGCCGGUCCUGACAGACAUCGGCAAGUGACAAACAUAAUCUCCGUGGGGACAGUUUGGAUUGAUUCCCACCACUAUGGCAAGAGUGGCCUUGAUUAAAAUCAUCCUCUCCCUUGCUACUGAAGAUAAUUUCAUUUUAAAAAAGCUGGAGAGUUCUGAAGCAGAGGUGACCAUACUUUGGACACUUAAUGGAAAGAUGAGACUCAUGGGGGGGAGAUCCAUAAUCCUAGAGGAAGUGGAAGGUAGUAGGAAAAGAGGAAGACUAAAGAUGAGUUGGUUUGACCCAAUCAAGGAAGCCAUGGCCUUCAGUUUCCAAGAGCUGAGCAGGGCUAACAACACGAUGUUCUGGAGGUUGCGCAUUCAUCGCUUCAUCGUAAAUCGGAAGCAACUCAAUGGCACAUCACAUCAGCGUGGGGUUCCAGUUACGUCACUCAGUCAAAAAAAGAGCUUUCUGUCCUGCAAUCAACACCAGCUCCUCAGUGUUACGUGUUUUAUGCUAUUCUGAUACCUGUUCUGUACGACUGUGCCGACGGCUGCUAUAUAUAACUUUCUGGGUCUGAGUUCCACCUGUACCAUUUAUACGCAACGCCUACUGUUCUUGCGAUC